CAAGAGCUACCGGGAAGUCCUGGGCAUUUGGCCGCGUGUGAGGAAAGAAGGGCCACAAGGUUGGCGCGCCGACCCUAGCCGACUCAGGCGGCCGCAUGGCAUGCUGGGAAUUGUAGUUCGGUGCAGGUUUAGUGUUUCGGACAUGGAGGCUCCAAAAUCCGAGGUUUGACUUCAGCCAGCUCUUGCUAGUGCCUUGGUCAUUGGCUGUCGUUAAGGCCUGUUGCCAUUCGCGGAUAAACACAGGUUGAAUGAAGGCUAAUGAAACAUAACCAAGCAAGUCUGAUUGUAGGAAUUGAAGGCCGGUCCUCUGGGCCCUCCCAUGGUGGGCAGUUCCCAUCAGCCGCAUGCGUGCAACACCGGUGAUUCCAGCUCCUGGUUCUGGGGCUCACUGACUCCCUCUUUCCUGGGAAGAUGUUCCUGGUGGGCCUGACCGGGGGCAUUGCCUCGGGCAAGAGCUCAGUGGCCCAGGUGUUCCAGCACCUGGGCUGUGCAGUGAUUGAUGUGGACGUCAUCGCCCGGCUGGUCGUCCAGCCAGGAUACCCUGCCCACCAGCGCAUCGUGGAGGCCUUUGGCACUGAGGUCUUACUGGAAAAUGGCAACAUCGAUCGCAAGGUCCUGGGGGACCUGAUCUUUAACCAGCCCGACCGGCGGCAUCUGCUUAACACCAUCACUCACCCUGAGAUCCGCAAGGAAAUGAUGAAGGAGAUGUUCAAAUAUUUUCUCCGAGGAUACCGCUAUGUGAUUCUGGAUAUCCCCCUGCUGUUUGAGAACAAGAAGCUGCUCAAGUUCAUGAAGCACACGGUGGUGGUAUACUGUGACCGGGACACACAGCUGGCACGGCUGAUGCAGCGGAACAACCUGAACCACCAGGACGCAGAGGCCCGGAUCGAGGCCCAGAUGCCCCUGAAGGAGAAGGCCCACAUGGCCCGCCACGUUCUAGACAAUUCAGGAGAGUGGAGCAUCACCAAACACCAGGUCAUCUUCCUGCAUAAUGAGCUGGAGCGCUCCUUGGAGUACCUACCACUGAGGCUUGGGGUCCUCACAGGUCUGGCGGGCAUUGCCAGCCUCCUCUACCUGCUUACCCACUACCUCCUGCCCUCCCCCUAGCUAGGCACUCCCAGGCAGGAAGCACCAGGCCUUGAUCUCAGAGGCUGCAUCCUGUUUCCUUCUCACCCCCUUAAUAAACACACACACACACAGACACACACACACUGAAUCUGGACUGGAGCCCUGCACUGGGCCACCCCUUCUUUGGAGUGCAUCUUGUCUGAGGUACAGAAACAGCUCCCUGUCAGGAGAUAGUCCUUCCCACCUUCCCCAGGGCCCCUCCCUCUGGAAUCACCUACAGAACAGUGUCCCUGGUGGGGCAUGAAAGCAACAGUGGGGGGCCGUUACACUGCUUGUGGGUGGAGGUGGGGAAAACUGCCUCUGUGGUCUUCACCAGUGGUUAAAGCUGGGAGGAAAGUUCCCAGGGCUAGAAUCCUCUCUGAGCACGUGUCUCAGCAAGGCCAAAACCAUGCAGACCAUGAGAGACCAUUAUGGACCAAGGGCUGCCCCCUUCUCUGCCAAGUCAAAGCCCUGAGCCAGGAUACAGUGGAUUCGCUGUGGCUGAUGCUGCAGCCAGGCAGAGGCCGGGCCUCUUCUGGGACGACCCACCGUCCCACCUCAGUAUUUCUCCAGCUCUCCUGCUCCCGCCCCAAAUAUUCCUAGCUCUGAACUCUUGGUAGUUCACAUGUUUCUCACCUCUGUGCCUUUGUCAUGUUGCUCCCUCACCUGGAAUACCUUUUUUGCCCCCACAACUGAUUAACUCCCAGCUGAGGCACCACCUAAAGCCCCAGGUUGGGAGGUGUUCUGGGCCCCGCUAUGGUUUACUUUAAUCCACGAUAUAGUAAUCGUCCAAAAGCUAGUUGGUCUCUCCCCUGGAAGCCCUUUGAGGGCAGGGACUGUGUUUUACUCAUCUGUUUUCCUGGUGCAGAGCCUGACUUGCCAUUGGUGCUUAAUAAAGUGUGUUGAUCGGGAA